AUGGCUGCAGCAAUAGAAACGAAACUCUAUGUAACUAAUUUUCCGAGUUCAGCUACUCGACAACAAUUACAACAAUUUUUUUCACGUUUUGGUCGUGUUCAAGAAUGUGCAAUUAUGUGGAAUUCAUAUGCAUUCGUCCAUUAUGCGACGAUGGACGAAGCUCGUCGUGCUCUUGAUCAAUCUAAUGGUGCCAUGUUUCUUAAUCGAAAAUUAAUUGUUCAGUUAUCCACAUCUCGUUUUCGACCACAACCAAAAGAAUUAAAUACGUCUUUAAAUCAAUUACCUGAACAACUCAUGAUAAUGGAUACUUCAUCAUCAGUUCCAUAUCAUCAUACAAAUAUAAAUCAACAGCAAUCAACUUCACUUAUACCACAAUAUACGUAUCCUGAACUUCUAAUGACAUCAGCCGGUUUUCGUCAACAGUCAUCAUCACCAAUUUCAGAUAAUCAUAAUUUUUUUCGUCCUACAUCACCAAUAACUCAGGAUAUCAAUAAUUAUUAUUCACAAUAUUCAAAUAUAUCACCAGAUCAAAUACCAUCAUUACCAUUAAAAAUCAAUCCUAUAAAGCCAAAUAAAACUAUAAAAACAGACAUGGGUAAUAAUGGUGAAUUACCUAAAUUAUAUUGUACGAAUUUACCAGAUAAUUGUAAAGCAAAUGAAUUACAACGUUUAUUUUCAUCAUUUGGACAUGUUGUUGAUUGUGUUAUUUUAUGGGAUUAUUAUGCAUUUAUAACAUAUAAAACAUUCGUUGAAGCAGAACAUGCAUUAAUUGCAGUUAAUGGUUUUACAUGGAAAGAUCGACGUCUUAUUGUUGAAUGGUCACGUGCAUCUGGACGAAAACAACAACAACCAUCGCCUUCAAUAUCAUCGUCAUCACCACCAAAACAUAAUUCAUAUGGUAGUAUAACAAAAAAAAUCGAAUUAGAGAAAAUUUAUUUUAUUUAUUUUUGUUUAGCAGAAAUUUCAACUCCAACAUCAUCACCACGCAAUCGUCCAUCGACUUUAUUAACUCAUUCGUCGACUUCGAAUGGUCAAUUUUAUGAAAAUAAUUCAUCGAAAUUACUUCCAUCACCACUUAAAUCACAUCAUACAUAUAAUCAAAAUCUUGCUUUAAUGUCAAUCAUGCAACAACAACAGCAACCGUUUUUACAUAAUCAACAUCAUGCAUCAAUGCCAUACAAUACAUAUAAAAAUGGAAAUAAUAUGGAUGUUUUAUCAAAUGAAAAUCAACAAAUAUUUGACAAUUUAACAAAUUCAUCAUCAUCGUCAUCAUCAUCAUCAAAUCAUCGACUUGAUCUAUCACCAUUUAUUGAUACAAAUCCGAAUACAAUUUUUUCAUCAUCAUCAGAACUUAAUACACCAUCAUCAACAACAUCAAAUUCAAAUGUUUAUCAACCAUCCGAUAUAAUUGCUUUACUUGAACCAUCAUUACCCAAUGUAUCGAUGAAUAAUAAAUCAAUGAAUGAUAUAACUAAUACAUUCAAUCAUGUUCCUCCAACAUGUUCAUCAGCAGCAGCUGCAGGUGUUGCUGCAUUAUUUCAAGAGAAUAUACUUUCAUCAUUAUUUACUUCAUUUGAACCGUUCAAUAAAUUAUAUUCAGUUGAUGAACAACAAUCAUCUUCACGUUAUAAUCAUUUUUCACCAUUAUUAACAACAGCACCUAACAAUAGUCAUUAUCCAAUGUCUUGCGGUCAUAAUAAUUCUUGGCGUUAA